ACCGAAGGACCCAGAAACAGGGAGGACGCGGUUCCCGAAGUCAAGUCGUUGCAUCACCUAUUCACCUUUCCCCUCCUCCGCUCCCGUCGCUCGCCUCGCUUUCCGUUCGCCGGCCGUGCCACCAACCAAGCUCAUACACCCAGACCGACUAGUGAAACCCACUGAUCUGUUUGGGGACUAAUCAAACUUAACAAGCAAGUUUCAUGUCUGAUCUCGACGUCCAGCUUCCAUCUGCUUUUGAUCCGUUUGCGGAGGCAAAUGCUGAGGACUCCAGCGCUGGUGCUGGAUCAAAGGAGUAUGUGCAUGUGCGCGUUCAGCAGCGCAACGGAAGAAAGAGUCUGACAACUGUUCAGGGCUUGAAGAAAGAGUACAGCUACAACAAAAUCCUCAAGGAUCUCAAAAAGGAGUUCUGCUGCAAUGGUACUGUAGUACAGGAUCCAGAGCUAGGCCAGGUAAUUCAGCUGCAAGGUGAUCAGCGUAAAAAUGUUGCUACUUUCCUAACCCAGGCUGGAAUUGCAAAGAAAGAGACCAUCAAGAUUCACGGAUUUUAGGCAGCAACAUAGAAAUGCUUGUGUGGUAUCAUAUGAUACCAAGUGUUGAAGGUUUCUGAAGCUUGGAAGUCACCAUAAUAUCAGUAGUCGCUAUCUUUGUCUAAACCUUUGUGUCACUAUUGGAUUGAGAAGUCUAUUAUUGAUGCAAGUUGUCCUUGCAGUAUGGUUUGUAAGCGUUACCUGCAUGAAAGUAUUGUUUGUCUGAGGAACUGCCUACUCGUAUUGAAUAACAAGAGAUAUUGCUGUUUGCGUUCGUUUA